UGAGGAAAUAAAACCCAAAGUGGACAGUAAAGAGGAUUUGAAAGAGUCUUUCUGACCUAAAAUGACGUUAACAGCAGAGUCGGCGCCAUGAGUGUGUGCGGGAGCUGCAGCUGCGUCGUUGCGGCUGCGCUGUGUUUGAUUUUGGGGGUUUUGUCGGGGUUUUGUUCGGUUUCUGUGAGUCUGAGCGGAAAAUGGAGCCUCAGAAACGCCAACGGCUCAGUGUCCGUGUCCGCGGAGGUCCCCGGAUGUGUCCACUCAGCUCUGCAGAGACGAGGUUUCUCUCAGGAUCCAUACUUCAGGUUCAACGAUGUGUUUUAUCGCUGGAUCGCCUUCGAUAACUGGACGUACACGGCCACGUUCACCGACUCUAACCAGCUCAGGACCAAACAGGAGGUUCUGCUCGUCUUUGACGGCGUCGACACCGUGGCAUCGAUUUGGCUCAACUGCGUCCUCGUGGGGAAGACGGACAACAUGUUCCGUCGUUACGACUUCCCGGUCAGAGACCUGCUGAAGGACGGGGUUAAUGUGCUCAAAGUCAGCCUCGUGUCUCCUCUUCUUUACGCGUCUGAGCGAAGAAAAGCUCACUCUGCCUACAGAGUUCCUCCUGAAUGUCCUCCAGACGUCCAGAAGGGAGAAUGUCACGUCAAUUUCAUCAGAAAAGAGCAGAGCUCGUUCAGUUGGGACUGGGGGCCGUCGUUUCCCUCGAUGGGACUUUGGAAGGACGUUCACCUCGAGGCGUUUGAUGUCCUGCAGCUCGUCCAGCUUUCUGCCGUUCCUCUGUAUGAUUUCGGUCUCUCUCAGUGGAGGGUCCAGGUUGAGCUUCUUGUCGAUGCCGUUCAGACAACAAGAUGUCAAAUCACGCUGUCGAUUCCCGAGCUGGACUCAGAGCAGCGUUUCUACGCACACUUUCCGGGACGAACCAAGAACAGCGUCACCGUACAUCUCAACACGAGUAAGGAGGUAAAACUUUGGUGGCCCAACGGACACGGCGACCAGCCUUUUUACUUUCUGUCUCUCCGAGGCUUUCAGGACGGCUUUUUGAUCCUGAACACAAAAUCUAAGGUGUAUUUUCGCACAGUGAAACUCGUCCAGGAGCCAGUUGUCGGGUCGGGCCUCAGCUUUUAUUUCAGCAUCAAUGGGAAACCAAUUUUCCUCAAAGGCUCCAACUGGAUCCCAGCACACUCCUUCCAGGACCAGGUCACCCCUGCUGUCUUAAGGAACUUACUACAGUCGGCAGUGGAUGCCAGUAUGAACGCCCUCAGAGUUUGGGGAGGCGGCGUGUACGAGCAGGAUCUGUUCUACAGCAUCUGUGACGAGAUGGGAAUCAUGGUUUGGCAGGACUUCAUGUUUGCCUGUGCAAUGUAUCCCACCGAGGAGGACUUUCUGCAGACGGUCAGAGAAGAGGUCGUCCAACAGGUGCAGCGUCUCAAAUCUCAUCCUUCCAUAAUAAUCUGGAGCGGAAACAAUGAAAACGAAGCCGCUCUGGCGACAGACUGGUUCAACAUCCCAGUUUCCCAGAGGCCUCUUUACCAGAAAGACUACGUGAAGCUGUACGUGAACAACAUACGUGCGAUUGUUCAAGAGGAGGACCAGAGUCGCCCGUUCCUCGUCUCCAGUCCGACAAACGGGGCGGAGUCGGAGCAGGAGGGCUGGGUGGCGGAGAACCCGUAUGACCCUCAUUACGGAGACACACACUUCUACAGCUACACUGAGGACUGCUGGGACUGGAGGACGUUUCCUCGGACGCGUUUCGCCUCCGAAUACGGCUUCCAGUCGUGGCCGUCGUUCUCCACUCUGCAGCCGGUUUCCAUAAAAGAGGACUGGAGCUACGACAGUAAUUUCUCUUCCCACCGUCAGCACCAUGAGAGCGGGAACAAGCAGAUGUUACUGCAGGCGGCGAUACAUUUCCACCUGCCGAACUCCACAGAUCCACUGAAGAGAUUUACAGACACUCUCUACAUCACUCAGGUCACGCAGGCUCAGUGUGUGAAGACUCAGACCGAGUUUUACCGGCGAAGUCGGAGCGAGAUCAUCGAGGGCAAAGGUCACACGAUGGGCGCUCUAUACUGGCAGCUCAAUGAUGUUUGGCAGGCGCCUUCGUGGUCGUCGAUCGAGUUUGGUGGGAAAUGGAAAAUGCUGCAUUAUUUUGCACAGAACUUCUUCGCCGCCGUCCUGCCGGUCGGCUUCGAGGAUGACGACACGCUGUUCAUCUACGCCGUCUCAGACCUGAGUCACGACCUGAAGCUCAGAGCUGUGGUGUCCGUGUUCUCCUGGUCUGAUCUGGAUCCAGUCUGCAGGCUGAAGUUCGACCUGCUCCCGGUGCCUGGAGGCAGCGCCGCGGCCGUGUGGAAACAGCCAGUCGCCGCCCUGCUGGACGGAUGUGGACGCUGCACCCGCCUCUCCUGCCUGCUCACCUUCCACCUGGAGGACGGCGACGGCGCCCAGCAGGGUCCCGCCAACCACCACUUCCUGAGCUCCCCCAAAGACGCUCAGGGACUGCAGAGACCAAACAUCACAGCUCAGGUGCAGCAGGAUGAGAGCGGCUUCACCAUCACCCUCCUCUCCGCCUCCGUGGCUCCGUUCGUCUGGCUCGACGUGGGAAACGUCCCCGGACGCUUCAGCUCCAACGGCUUCCUGAUGGUCUCCGGAAACAGGACGGUCAGUUUCACCGCGUGGCGUCCGACCAGCAUCGCCGAACUCUCCACAUCGCUCACCGUCACAUCUUUAACCGACGUUUACUGACCCGAGAGCAGCCCGGCUACGCGUGGAGGAGUGCUGAAGUCAGGAGGUGAUAGGUGGGAAAAAAUAAGAGCGCCGCGUCCUGAAUCUGAACAGUCCUUGUUCUCUUCACAGCUGCUGAAUGUCCUCUUUUAACCCUUUGAAACCUGGACCGUCAUCAGUUUAUUUGUGCCUUUCCCAAACAUUUAAACCUUUCAAAGC